AUGAACUGGAUUAUACUAGGGGUGGUGUUUAUCCUGGCGCCACAGUUUCGUUUGGAUCUUUCGAUUUCACCGUCGUCGGCCGAGUCAGCACCAUCAUCGUUAAUCGGCAGCUUGCUGGGCAACAAUGGCCGCCGGUCCGGGCUGGGUGCCGUCCACGGAACACCUCUCGGUGCAGAUUUCAGCUCGACCGUGUCACCGCAUGCGAUAAAUCCAUUCAUCAAACACUGGGAACCAGCCCGGUUCGACCGGAGGCAGCUGGAAGCGGCCCACCGCCACCACGAGAGCCAUCGCCGGCGAAGACGCAACGUCAACUACGACCACAGCUCGGCCAGCUACGGACCGGCAAAUGUGGUUCGGCUCAGCUUCCACGCUCAUGACAGGGACUUUCGGUUGGUGCUGCGUGAGGAUCCCAGCUCGAUCUACGUCCGGGACGUACAAAUCGAAAACACCGAGGGACCGGUAGAUUUUGACCUGUCACGGGUCUACACGGGCAUCGUGGAAGGUGAUGAGCAGUCCCACGUGCACGGAGUGCUAACUCGGGAUAAUUUGUUCGACGGCACGAUUGUCACGAACCUAGAGCAAUACUAUAUCGAGCCUGCCGCCCGGUACGGGCCGGAACUGGAGCGGCAAGGCAUCCAUACUGUGAUUUAUAAACUCAGUGACGUCAGGAUCCGGCAGGAUCACCACCACGGUCACCAUCCGCUGCAGGCCAGCAGCGGUGACCGUGGGAGCAGUAGUAGUAAUGAAAGUAGCGGAAAUAGUCGUAAUUUUAGCGGUAAUAGUGAAGGUGGCAGCAAACAACGUGGUGAUAUUAGUGUCGCAGAGAAAGGCCAGAGCGAAGUGGACGGUUGGAGGCAGACUGAAAAGGAAAACCAUUCUGCUGCUCAGAAUCAAUUGAAUCAAAAGUCUGAUGAUACUAGUAGUAAUAGUGAUAGGCUAAGUAGGCAAAGUGCGGGACAGCCGAGAAGCAGCUGGUCAGAGGAGAGUAGUGGGAAAAGCAACGCAGGAGAGGACAAUAGUCUCGUCCGGUUGAAAAGAAGUAAUCGCAAGAGUGACUUCAAGCGGAGGAAACGAUGGCUUCCGGAAGAGGAGGAAGCUCGCGGCAACCCAUCCCUUCCGCUGGACCUCGAAGUUCCCUACAACGACGAUUUCAGCAUCACGCGUAAUCACAACCUCAACCUUAACUUUAAGGACCGAAUCGUAACGCGAACAAGUUUAGCCAAUGGCGGAGCUAGCUCCGGAUCUAAUUCGGGCAGCGGCCACACUAUCAACCGGAACAUUCACUCCACCACGUCGAGCAACACGAACGUCCAGGAUAACCGCUUUCAUCCACCAACUCCGAUCAACAAUCGGAAAAACCACUUCCUUAUCAACACCUACAAUCCGAACAGUGACGUGAAUCAACGGAUCAUCACGCGAAACCGGAACAUCAUCGGAAACGUGUACGAUCAGAACGCACCGACCGCCGGAAACGGUUCAAAUCCAAACCACAAGACCCACGUCGAAAUCAUCACCAAAAACGGGUCUACGAAAAAGAACAUCAUCGUGAACAACUACGACCCCGAUGUAACGAUCAGUGGCGGACACAACGGGGUUAAUCUGAACGUGCGCAACGAACUAAACGAGCAAAAGCAAACGUUCGCCAACUCACUCUACGAUCGGAAAAGCACGUGCAUGUUAUAUCUGCAGGCAGAUCACACGUUCUUCCAGAAGAUGGGCUCAGAUGAAGCCAGCAUCGAAGCGAUCACGCGGCACGUGCAGAGGGCCAACAUGAUCUACCGAAAAACCGAUUUCAACGGUGACGGCAAACCGGACAACAUUACGUUCAUGAUCAAACGCAUCAAGGUGCACAAUCUGAACGCAGUUAAGGAUCCAACCUAUCGGUUCGCCGGCAGCUAUGGGGUCGAGAAGUUCCUGGAACUUUUCUCAGAGGAAGAUUACGAUGCAUUUUGUCUGGCAUACAUGUUCACCUACCGGGAUUUCGAAAUGGGCACACUCGGCUUGGCUUGGACCGGCGACUUGAAGAAUGCCGGUGGAGUAUGCGAAAAGAAUGGGCACUAUCGAGGAUCGCUGAAAUCGCUCAACACUGGCAUCGUGACGUUACUGAACUAUGGCAAACAUGUUCCACCUGCUGUUUCGCACGUGACCCUGGCACACGAGAUCGGCCACAACUUUGGUUCACCGCACGAUCCGGAACAGUGCACGCCAGGUGGCGAGGAUGGCAACUUUAUCAUGUUCGCCCGUGCCACGUCCGGCGACAAGCGCAAUAACAACCGUUUCAGUCCUUGUUCACUCAAAGCGAUAGAGCCGGUGCUGAAUGCCAAAGCACGCAGCGCCAAGGGGUGCUUUACUGAGCCCCAAGCUUCCAUUUGUGGAAAUGGUGUUGUUGAACCAGGUGAACAGUGCGAUUGCGGCUGGGAAGAAGACUGCAAGGACUCCUGCUGCUACCCGAUGUCUCGGCAUCCCCGCUUCGACCAGAAACCGUGCACGUUAACUCCAAAGUCACAGUGUAGUCCGUCACAAGGUCCCUGCUGUACCUUGGAGUGUACUCUGAAAUUGGGAGAUAAAUGUCGUGAUGAUAACGGCUGCCGAGACCCGGCAUAUUGCGAUGGAACUAUGCCACUGUGUCCUUCAUCGAUAAAUAAACCGAAUAAGACGAUUUGUAAUAAGGAAUACGUCUGUUAUAUGGGUGAAUGCACAGGUUCUAUUUGCCUCGCCUACGGUUUGGAAUCCUGUCAGUGUGCUGUCGGACCACAUGAUCCAGCAAUCCGCGCGUGUGAACUAUGCUGUAAACUCCCUGGUGAGGAAAAGCCUUGUCUCAGUUCGUUCGAAUGGAACGAUCCGCCUUUUGACGUUCCGGAUAUGUACGCCAAACCGGGAACUCCCUGCAAUGACUACAACGGAUACUGCGACGUAUCACAGAAAUGCCGCGAGGUAGAUCCUUCUGGACCGCUGGCCACUUUGCGGAAACUGCUGCUGUCGGAAGAAAGCAUUGCUACCUUCAAAAAGUGGGUCCUGUCCAACUGGUACGCGGUGGCGCUGAUCGUCGUCUUCGUACUAGCUUUGCUGAUCUUGAGUGCGAAGUUAUUGGGCAAACGAACAAACUUGAAGCUCAAAACGGUGACCAUCAUUCACAGUGCAACGACGGAGACGGUGCGACUACCGGAGGACAACAACGGUGUGAUAGUACACACGGCAGUCCGCACCAAAGUUCCGCUGAAGAAGAAAGUUCGCGGCGAACGUUCGAAGUCGAAAACAGCACCGAUGCCACCGGGGACGCAGCAGAAACCACAGCAGCAGCAGCUGGUUCCGAAACAACUCCUAGCGACAGCUUCCGGUCCAGGAGGAGCAGUAACCACCACAGCGACAGCACUCGGAAACACAACGACAGCACUGCCAUCCAGCUCGAAAGACCGGUUCCAUCUGUCCAGGUCGUCAACGAACAAUCCCGCCACAGUAGUGAUUAAACAAGUUAAACGUCACGUCGGUAAAACUACCACCACAAAUGCUAACACCGACAGUCCCAAAAAGCUGAUUAAGAAAAAGAAAAAACGCUCGAAUGCUAUUCCUGGGGGUCCGUCGGACGAGUCACCAGUGAAGGAACCUGUCACAAAACAGAAAAAGAAGAAAACUAAAUCAAAACACAAGGAAGUGAUAGAUUAUUCGAGCAGAAGCGAUGCUCACAACCAUAGUAACACCUUUGGUAAGGUUCACCAGUGGCUUCUAGAAUCACCAGUCGUAACUAGCGCUGCUCAGUUCGAACACGCCUCUAAAGUAAGCAACAUCAUGAACAAAAGUCAAUCGACGCCAGAACAUUUAACCACAACAGCUGCUUCCAUGGCUAUCGGAGCCCAGCAGCAACAGCGAUCACCCAAGAAAACACGCAUCAAGACCAAAUCCGUAGGGAACCUGAACGAAAAAGUUCGCCUACAGGUAGUGUACAAACCGCCGUUCAAAUUCAGCCUUAAGCUGUCGAAAAAUGAUCCCUCAGUCAAGACACAUAUCGUAGCAGGUCCCAUGGGAAAACGAAAGGGCCGUAUGGUUGAUCGAAAGCGCGUUGCUGCUGCAAUGCAGUCCGAAUCGUUCCGAGGAAGAGCUGCCCUCUUAGUUCGACCAGCCCCAGAGGAAACAAUUCCCAUCGUCAACAGCCCUCUUUCGGAACCCAACUAUGAAACUUUAAGCCCACGAAAUAUGCCAGACAUAACCCCAGAAACACAUAUGUAUGAAAAUCUUAGCUUCAACGCCGGCGCUGGAUCCGGCUCUAGCGAACUGCCAAAUUCAGUGCCUCCUCCUCCUCCUACUAUUAAUACUGCAACAUUCCGCAUCAAUCGUAGCGCCAGUGGUAGUAAUAUAACGCCAGCUAAAUCCCACUUCAGAAAUCCGUCAGUCACCUCAGUGGGCUUGCGUGGCAGUUCGACCAAUUUAGCCUCUGAAGUAUACAAGAGCAACAGCAAUAGCCGGGAGCGGGACAAACAUCAUCGUCGGUCGUAUGGAGCAGCCGCAGGAGGCGAGAGCACAGAAAGUCUGUUGAGGUCGAGCACUACUAAUCUAGCCAAACUGGGCAGUAGUAAACGCAACAGCUUUGCUGAGAAGCGACGGUCAAGCUCGACCAGCCUCCAUCAACGGCAUUCAGGUUCGGCAUCCAACCUGCAUUCACUGAAACGCUAUUCAGGCUCCUCAGGCCAGUAUCUGAACCAAGAACUCCAUGAACCGGCUCUUGGACGGCGGCACAGUACAAGUGUCAAACCAGUAGAUAAUAACAGUAUGAAAAAGCAGAAAAUCUCCCGAACGUCCAGCAGCAACAAUCUGCCAUCGCCUAAUACCGCAAGUGCUGCUCAGCGGCGAAGCAGCAUAGGACAUAGUAGCAGCACUAAUAGAACACCACAUAGUUCCGUUUCUACCAGCCAAAAACAUCUUUCCCGACAAACGUCAUUGAACAUCAAACCGCAGAAAUCUUCUGCAAUUGCAAUAGCGGAACGACGACCGCAUACCUCCUCCUGCGAAGAUCGGGGAGCGAGCUUCGAAUGGCCUAUGGUCAGAAAAUGCGACGGCGAAGUCGACGACCCAUUGCCGUCCGAUUUGGAGGUUAUGGUAUCGGAUGCAGAAACUCUCGAUAGAUAACCUCAAGCUGGCAAAUCUUAUAUACAUAGUUAGAUGGAUUGAAACGUCUCCAAUGAAAGGGGCAUCCUAGUGUUCAUAUCGAUUUUAACUCAACCAACGUUUCUUUUUAAUUUUAAAAGCUAUCCUCUAAAAUAAAUUCAGGGUAACGAAUACUUUUUGUCAAGUGCCAAGUGAGAAACCCAUUGCGGAGACUAUUUAUCAGCAGAACAAAAACCCACACCUACACACACAUCAAUUACAUUUCAAAAACCAUCGCAUCUUCAUGUUGGGAUACCGCAAAAUUGCAAUCAAUCAAAACUAGUUGAGACAAUGAACGAUUACGAGGCGCAUUUAACGGAGGCACAGAUAAUUCUAACCGAAUAAAUGCAUAUCAGCGAACAGUAGAAUCGCAGAUAGAGAAAUAUAGUAACAUUUUGGACGACUGCAACAGUCCCUAAAUUCUGACGACUAAAAGCCUAGGAGCAACCUUCUUUUUCUAAUUUUAUUUCAAAUGAUUUGUCAUAAUCUCAGAAUAGAAACUCUCCGCUGCUUCGGAUUCAAGUUUUGUUCUCUUCUAGAUCUACCAUUGCGACGAAUAGUCGCAAGCACUGCCUUAUUAUAAAAUGUCAAGUGAAAUUAUACGGAAUACUGGCAUAAUACUCUGCUAACACGGUCGAUCAGGCGAAUAAUGUCCAAUUGUAAACAUAAUUCAUCUUUUAGCAUUCCAAUUAAACUCAACAAUAGUAAGAACCAGAAUAAAAUCAUUCUACCGAUCACCACUGCAAUCAGCCUACCUAUUAGCUAGCUUAUUAGAACAGCUCCAUGAUUCAUUACAACAUUUUUCAUAAAGAAGUAACCAAAUUUAGAAGAAACAAACGAAAACCUGCCAAAAUUUUAUUAGUUAAUUUUUGUGCGUACAACUUGAAAACAAAACGUCAUCGAAAUUUUUCGCAGAGAAAUGAGAAUUUUAUGCCACCAUUUGGGAAUUUAAUUAUUACCUAGAAACAAUACAAACAGAUUGCAGACAAAGGAAAACAAUCUAGGAUAAAUGAAUUACUCACAAAACAAAUUAACAACACACUAGAGAUAAUCGUGUAAAUAGUAAACGUUUAGCUAUGUUACAGUGAAAGCCAACAGAAGCUUUCGUUGUGAAUAAAACUCAAAGCAAAAUCAAGAACAACUAAUCAGAAACCUAACAGUUGAAAGAAAGUUUUAAUUUUAUACAUAAAUUAUAUUAAAAAUUAAGGCUAAAACAUACUACAGAAAAAGGAAACCUAAUUCAAAUAAGUUGAAUGUGAUUCUAAUCUUAUAAUAAAUCAAAUUUACGAUGAACAAGAAACAAGCAAACUAUGUAAAGUUAAAGGUUUUAUUUUUACACCAAGAGAUCAGCUAUAUAUUUACGUCACCAUGACUAACAAAAUCCACGUGAAACUUACUUAAAUUGCUGCUACCUGCGAUUGACAGUGCGACGCGACUUAACUUAGUUAACCUUUGUGGCCGAACCGUUUCUUUUAGCUGCAUUUGAAACCCAGUUAGGCUAACAAUACGAAAGAUAAAUAUUUUUUAGGACACAUAAAUGCUUCCAAGGAAACCCAUUAAAACCAAUAAAAUUCCAAAACCCCUCUCUAGAAGUAGCAAGAAAUAAAUUUGACUGUUUUAUUUUUUUACAAAAAAAAUCGUCCGCAUUUCUGGACAAGUGCACUCCAAAAUAGAGUAGCCUUUUCCAGCUUUUAAAGAGAGCACCGCACACCACUCACACCAUUGCAUUAUUGCAGCAAAGCAUGUUUCCUAUGACACGAGGUUGCUAAAAAUCUGAACGAAGCGGCAUAAUUAGGUCGCCACUUACCUACGCAUUAAAUCGAGAGCCAAUAGUAGAGAAAAGACAAAUAUGGGUUAAAAGCCAUAACAUAAAUGCAAUUAUUUUCUGUGACCGUCAAAAGAUUUUAUAAAUGCAUUCCUACACUACACGAGACUUAUUGUAAUAUUUUUAUGCCAAUGUUGAUAUCAAGAAAUAAACAUACAAUCGAACGCAUUUCCCUCUAUUCGGACGCGACGCGCUGUGCGUCCGCUGUAAAUAUUUAGCAAACGGAAAGCAAAACAAAGUCAAACGAAAGCAAAGAUUUUGCCGUAUGGAGAAAUAAAACAAACAAAAAAAUGUCCGAAAAAGGAAAACAGAAACUUCUUCGUUCAGUAAAUAUUGCUCUCCAGUCCUGAACUAUUCGAGAAGAAUAAGUCUUGGUCGUUUUAUCAUCUAUACUAAUUGUAUCGUAUUGAGCAAACAGCAACUCUCUUAGGAUGGCGGAAAACGGCUAUUAAAACAACAGAUUGCAACUACAAACAAUUAACGUUCGGUCAGUGAAGUGAACGAUAAUGGAAUUUAAGGGCAA